AUGUUCUCCAAGAUUUUCAAAAUCGCCGUCGUCGCCUCUGCUCUGGUCGCAAGCGCCGCUGCCCUUCCCACAAGCGUCAACACACUCACCGCCCGCGGAGACAUCUCCUUCGACAACUGGGGCGGCAUCUCCUCUUUCUCCGGGUUCGACAACUUCUACGGCUCGGACAACUUCAUCGGCGCCAUCUCCUCGCAGACCGUCGUCGAGCAGUCCUCCGAGCUCGUCUGCCACUCCGAGUCCAUCGAGAUCAUCCAGCAGCGCCUGCUCGUGCUCCAAGAGAUGGCCAAACGCAUCAUCACGGAGCAAGUAUGCGAAGUGGAGACGCAGACGGUUGUAUUCGAGCAGUUCCACGCGAGCCUCGGCUUGUUCAGCCAUGAUCUCCGAAGGACGUCGGGACACCAUGUAGGGUUCGAUGAGAGCAUCACGAGCCACUUUAGCGAUAUUGUCGCGGAGGAUGAUAGUCUUACGACGGACGACUUUGGGUUCACUGGCCAUGAUCUCGGUGCGCACACUGUGGUUGUUGGCGGGAGCAACUGGGUGGAUGCGACGUCGCCUGCCUCGGUCGGUGCGGCGUACAGUGCUGCUAGGGGCGCUUUCUACUCCUCUUUCUAA